UCUUCCAUCAAGGGCUGGACAUCUAGACAGUGCGAGGACCCGGGUCCUUGCAACCUUCUGCUGCUUGAGUGGCCGGGCAGUAGGAAGGAGAAGGGUCAAGGGUGCGAGUAUGGGGAAUUCCUACGCUGGCCAGCUGAAGACCACACGCUUUGAGGAGGUCCUCCACAACUCCAUUGAGGCUUCCCUGCGCUCCAACAACCUGGUACCCCGGCCCAUCUUCUCCCAGUUGUACUUGGAGGCUGAGCAGCAACUGUCUUCCCUGGAAGGUAGCAGCCGAGUAGACAAUGAGGAAGAAGAGGAAGAGGGCGAAGGAGGGUUGGAACCUAGCAGUCCCUCAAAUUCCUACCAGCUGCCCCCUCCCCCUGAAGGAUGUUGUACCACAGAUGGCUUCUGCCAGGCUGGAAAGGACCUGCGCCUCGUGUCCAUAUCCAGUGAGCCCAUUGAGGUCCCUGCAGGCUUCCUCCUCGUGGGCGCCAAAUCCCCCAGCCUGCCAGACCAUCUCCUGGUGUGUGCAGUGGACAAGAGGUUUCUACCCGACGACCAUGGCCACAACGCCCUGCUAGGGUUCUCGGGGAGCUGUGUUGGCUGUGGAAAGAAAGGCUUCUGCUACUUCACCGAGUUCUCCAGCCACAUCAACCUGAAGCUGAGCACUCAGCCCAAGAAGCAGAAGCACCUCAAGUACCACCUGAUCCGUGAUGCGCAGGGGGCUCUGGUCAAAGGGCCUCUGAUAUGCUGGAAGGGGUCUGAGUUUAGAAGCCGUCAGAACUCCAUCAACCCCUGCUCCGGGUCUCUCUUCCCACCACUGGAGAGUUCAGGGUCUCUGGCUACCUUCCCCAGCGAGCCUGUUUCUGGGGCCAACUCGAAUGCCCCAGUGGGAGCUCAGCCGGCAGGACCAGCCUCUGAUCACCCCUCACUAACCACAGCAACAGGUCCAGCUGUCUUCAACGGCAAGGAUUCCCCCAAGUGCCAACAGCUGGUGAAGAAUAACUUGUCUGCCAUGCCACGGCCCUCAGCCUUAGGUAUCUUGUCAAACUCUGGGCCUCCAAAGAAACGUCACAAAGGGUGGUCUCCAGACUCUCCGUCAGCCAUAGAUGGUGGCUUUCCUCAGGCUGCUGGGAACAGAGCCAAGAAUGAAGGUGCAGGUGUGUCCUGCAUGCCACAGGCUGGUGUGGCGGGACCAGCUUCAGUCACCUUCCCAGUGGUGGCUUCUGGUGAACCAGUGUCUGUUCCGGAAAACUUGCUGAAAAUUUGCAAGGCCAAGCCUGUGAUAUUUAAAGGCCAUGGGAACUUCCCCUACCUCUGUGGGAACCUGAACGAUGUGGUUGUGAGUCCCCUACUAUACACGUGCUACCAGAACUCCCAGUCCAUCUCCAGGGCAUACGAGCAGCACGGCACCGCCACCAUGCAGCCCAUCUCCCAGGAGAUGCAGCUGCUGCUGACUGUCUACUACCUUGUCCAGCUCGCCGCGGAUCAGGUGCCGCUGAUGGAGGACCUGGAGCAGAUCUUCCUGCGCUCCUGGCGGGAAUCCCACCUGACGGAGAUCAGGCAGUACCAGCAGGCGCCGCAGCAGCUCUACCCACCCGCCCCCAGCUCCACUGCUCCUGUGACCUCAGCCCAGCUCCCCUGGCUUGCUGGUUUGGCUGCCAGCUCCUGCAAUGACAGUGUGCAUGUCAUCGAGUGUGCCUACUCCCUGGCUGAGGGCCUCUCUGAGAUGUUCAGGCUGCUCAUUGAGGGCAAGCUCACCAAGACCAACUAUGUGGUCAUCAUCUGCGCCUGCCGGAAUGCUGCCAUCGACUCGUGCAUUGCCGUCACAGGGAAAUACCAAGCCCGGAUUCUCUCCGAGAGCCUCCUCAGCCCUGCAGAGUACCAGAGAGAAGUCCAUUAUGAGCUGGUCACUGGCAAAGUGGACUCCCUGGGGGCCUUUUUUAGCAGCCUCUGUCCAGAGGGUGACAUUGACAUUUUGCUGGACACAUUUCAUCAGGAAAAUCAAGGCCAUGUUUCUUCCUUACUCACUGCUUCCUCAGCCAAGAAAACAGCAGCACCAGAUGCCAGAGGAGCCCCUGUGUGCACAAGUUACCAUGUGGAGCCGCGGGGCGUCCGGCCCUUCCAGCUGGCCGUGGCACAGAAGCUCCUAGCCCACGUGUGCUCAAUUGCCGAUUCCAGCACCCAAAAUCUGGACUUGGGAUCCUUCGAGAAAGUGGACUUUCUCAUUUGCAUUCCGCCAUCAGAAGUGACCUACCAGCAGACAGUGCUUCACAUCUGGCAUUCAGGGGUUUUGUUGGAGCUGGGCCUGGAAAAGGAGCCCGUGACCAAGCAGAGGGUGGAGCAGCACGUUCUGAAGCUAGAUGCAGAGGCCCAGGGGAAGUUUAAAGCCUUUCUGCAAAACUCCUUCCAGAAUCCGCAUACACUCUUUGUUCUGAUUCAUGACCAUGCCCACUGGGAUCUUGUAAGUAGUUCUGUUCAUAACCUCUACUCUCAAAGCGACCCAUCGGUGGGAUUGGUGGACAGACUGCUCAACUGCAGGGAGGUGAAGGAGGCGCCCAACAUUGUGACCCUUCAUGUGACAUCCUUCCCAUAUGCACUGCAGACACAGCACACCCUCAUCAGCCCCUACAAUGAGAUCCACUGGCCCGUCUCCUACAGCAAUGGAGUGGACUUGUAUCAUGAAAAUAAGAAAUACUUUGGGCUGUCUGAGUUUAUUGAAUCCACCCUUUCAGGACACAGCCUCCCGUUGCUCAGAUAUGAUAGCUCCUUUGAAGCCAUGGUCACUGCAUUAGGAAAAAGGUUCCCCCGCCUGCACAGCGCGGUGAUCAGGACCUUUGUUCUCGUGCAGCACUAUGCGGCCGCCUUGAUGGCCGUAAGCGGCCUCCCACAGAUGAAGAACCACACGUCGGUGGAGACGCUGGAGAUCACACAGAACCUCCUCAACUCCCCGAAGCAGUGCCCCUGUGGCCACGGGCUCAUGGUCCUGCUGCGGGUGCCCUGCUCGCCACUGGCCGCCGUGGCCUACGAGAGGCUGGCCCACGUGCGGGCGCGGCUGGCCCUGGAGGAGCACUUCGAGAUCAUCCUGGGCAACCCCAGCUCUGGCAUCACGGUGGGAAAGCACUUCGUGAAACAGCUCAAGAUGUGGCAGAAAAUUGAGGAUGCAGAGUGGAGGCCUCAGACUUACUUGGAGUUGGAGGGCCUGCCAUGCAUCCUCAUCUUCAGUGGGAUGGACCCUCAUGGAGAAUCCUUGCCAAGGUCUUUGAGAUACUGUGACCUGCGGCUGAUCAACUCUUCCUGCCUGGUAAGGACAGCCCUGGAGCAGGAGCUGGGCCUGGCUGCCUACUUUGUGAGCAAUGAGAUCCCCUUGGAAAAGGGAGCCAAGAACGAGGCCCUGGAGAGUGAUGGGGAAAAGCUAAGCAGCACUGAUGAAGACGAGGAGGCGGGGGCAGAAGUGUGCUUUGAAGCAGGCUGCACCUCGGAGAAGAGGAGCCCGGUGAGGAGGGAGCGCACCCGCUCCCACGACUCUGCGUCCUCCUCCCUCUCCUCUAGAGCGUCGGGCUCUGUGCUCUGCAGUGAGUCCCUGGUUCAGCCCUCAGGGCCCCUACAGGGAGAACAAGCCAGGUCACCUCCACAGUGUGGCCCUGCAGAGGAGGGCAGGACCCCUGGGGAGAAGCAGCGGCUCCCGGUGAGUCAGGGGCCUCCGGUCAACAGCACGCGCAGCCCUGGGCUGCCCCCGCAGCCCGGUUAUGGCCUCAGGAGCGGACAGAGGAACCCGCAGGCGUCGGCGGCCCCAUCCUCCCAGUUGUCCUCUUCCUCGGGUUCGUCCUCCACAUGCCCAGUGCCUGCCACCGGCAUGCUAGUUCUGCAGGCCUCUCAGUGCUCCAUGGCCAAGGCUUGCCGGCAGCCGCCCAUCGUCUUCCUGCCCAAGCUCGUGUAUGACAUGCUCAUGUCCACGGACAGCAGCGGACUGCCCAAGGCUGCCUCCCUCCUGCCCUCGCCCUCAGUCAUGUGGACCAGCUCUUUCCGCCCCCUGCUCAGCAAGACAAUGACAUCCACGGAGCAGUCCCUCUACUACCGGCAGUGGACAGUGCCCCGGCCUAGCCACAUGGACUAUGGCAACCGCGCUGAGGGCCAUGUGGACAGCUUCCACCCCCGCAGGCUGCUGCUCAGCGGUCCCCCUCAGAUUGGGAAGACAGGUGCCUACCUGCAGUUCCUCAGUAUCCUGUCCAGGAUGCUCAUCCGACUGACAGAGGUGGAUGUUUACGAUGAAGAAGAGAUCAAUACCAGCCUCCGAGAAGAAUCAGAUUGGCAUUACCUCCCACUGACUGACCCCUGGCCAGACCUGGAGCUCUUCCAGAAGAUGCCAUUUGACUACAUCAUUCAUGACCCAAAGUAUGAGGAUGCCAGUCUGAUUUGUUCACACCAUCAGAGCAUCAAAAGUGAAGACAGGGGGAUGCCCCGGAAGCCUGAGGAUCUCUAUGUGCGGCGUCAGACGGCCCGGAUGAGACUGUCUAAGUAUGCAGCAUAUAACACGUACCACCACUGUGAGCAGUGCCAUCAGUACAUGGGCUUCCACUCCCGUUACCAGCUCUAUGAGUCCACCCUGCACGCCUUUGCCUUCUCUUACUCCAUGCUAGGAGAGGAGAUCCAGCUGCAUUUCAUCAUCCCCAAGUCCAAGGAGCACCACUUUGUCUUCAGCCAACCUGGAGGGCAGCUGGAGAGCAUGCGCCUGCCCCUCGUCACCGACAAGAGCCAUGAAUACAUCAAAAGUCCAACAUUCACUCCAACGACAGGACGUCAUGAACACGGGCUGUUCAAUCUGUACCAUGCAAUGGAUGGAGCUAGCCAUUUACAUGUACUGGUAGUCAAGGAAUAUGAAAUGGCCAUUUAUAAGAAAUACUGGCCCAACCACAUUAUGCUGGUGCUCCCAAGUAUCUUCAACAGUGCUGGAGUUGGGGCUGCCCACUUCCUAAUCAAGGAGUUGUGCUACCAUAACCUGGAGCUGGAGCGGAACCGGCAAGAGGAGCUGGGUAUCAAGCCGCAGGACAUUUGGCCGUUCAUCGUGAUUUCUGAUGACUCUUGUGUGAUGUGGAAUGCAGUGGAUGUGGACUGCACUGGGGAACGGAGCAGGGACUUCUCCUGGUCGGAGAGGAAUGUCUCUUUGAAACAUAUCCUGCAGCACAUUGAGGCAUCCCCCAACAUCACUCACUACGCUCUGAUCGGCAUGCGGAAAUGGGCUAGCAAGACGCGGGGCAGCGAGGUGCGGGAGCCCUUCUCCCGCUGUCAUGUGCAUGACUUCAUCAUCCUGAAUGUGGACCUGACCCAGAACGUGCAGUACAACCAGAACCGGUUUACGUGUGACGACGUGGAUUUCAACUUGCGUGUGCAUAGUGCUGGUCUCCUGCUCUGCCGCUUCAACCGCUUCAGUGUGAUGAAGAAGCAGAUUGCGGUGGGUGGGCACAAGUCCUUCCAUAUCACAUCGAAGGUAUCUGAUAGCUCUGUGGCCAUUGUGCCAUCCCAGUAUAUCUGUGCCCCAGACAGCAAGCACACGUUCCUUGCGGCUCCCGCCCAGCUCCUGCUGGAGAAGUUCCUCCAGUACCACAGCCACCGCUUCUUCCCGCUGUCCUUGAAGAACCACAGCCACCCUGUGCUGUCUGUGGACUGCUACCUUAACUUGGGACCUCAGAUUUCUGUUUGUUACGUGAGCUCCAGGCCCCACUCCUUAAACAUCAGCUGCUCUGACAUGACAUUCAGUGGGCUCCUGUUGUACCUCUGCGACUCUUUUGUGGGAGCUAACUUCUUGAAAAAGUUCCACUUUCUGAAAGGUGCCACCUUGUGCGUGAUCUGCCAGGACCGGAACUCACUCCGCCAGACUGUGGUCCGCCUGGAGCUGGAAGAUGAGUGGCAGUUUCGGCUGCGGGAUGAGUUCCAGACAGCCAACGCCAAGGAAGACCGGCCUCUCUUUUUCCUCACUGGACGGCACAUCUGAGAGAGAGAGAGAGAGAGGGAGGGAGAGAGAAAGGGAGGAGGCCAGCAGAUCUCCGAGGAGGGAGGAGUGAUCCGAGCCCACUUGCUGCUGAGGCUGACAGAGGUCCUGGCCCCAAGGGUGUUAGGACUGG